AUGUAUGUAUGGACAUAUGACUUUUCCAUAAAAGUAUAGGUGUGCCUUUUGACUGGUUUCAAUUUGUUGUAAACUUUCGCUGCUCUCAGACUUAACUUGGCACAAUUGAUGCCAUUUAGUGGAAAUACAUUUUGAAACUACUGGGACAAAGUGUUCCAAUAUUAUUUCAAACCUUUAAAGGCAUUUCAUAAAAAAUGAGCAAUCGUUUUCACUUUGUUAUUCUGGCCUUGUCUAUAGCAACUCUUUUGGCUCCUUUUAUAAGUGGAGCUGAAGAAAAUGUUGAAGUUAUAGAUAAAGCUGGGGAAAUUCGAAUUUACAAACGUCUUAUUCCUGCUGAUGUUCUAAGAGAUUUUCCAGCAAUGUGCUUUGCCUCAACUCGAUGUGCAACUGUUGAGCCAGGAAAAUCCUGGGACUUGACGCCAUUUUGUGGUCGCUCUACAUGUGUACAAAAUGAGGAAAACGAUGCCAAACUUCUGGAGCUCGUAGAGGAUUGUGGCCCAUUGCCCUUGGCCAACGAAAAAUGUAAAUUGGAUACGGAAAAGACAAACAAGACCGCACCGUUUCCUUACUGCUGUCCCAUUUUUACUUGCGAGACGGGAGUUAAAUUGGAAUAUCCGGAAAUUUUAAAGGAGAAUGGAAAAAAAGAAGUAACAGAAUGAUGCUAUAACCAUAAACACAAUACAACCAUGUUUUUGAUUUGUAUAUUAAUAUUUUUGUGAAAUACAUUCGUUUCUUUUCUCGAAUAAAGCUGUGUCUUUA